AACAUAAAAAAUCUACACGUCACGUAACACGUCACCUUCACUAGCCAAUCAUAUUUUGGUCACGUGUAACACAAUUGCAAAAGCUACGAAAAAUUAUGAACGUGUAUAAAUAACAACCAAUCUAUCUCUCUCACUUUGCUCAUCUUCUGCGUUCCUUGCUAUUGGCUGAAUCUUUAUUUCAGCAGUUUCUGGAUUUGUUCAAAUGAAGGGUUAGAAGCUACAAGAAAGACAAAGCGGAAUCAAUACCAUUGGAGCUUAAUUCAGUAGCAUUGAUCGAUCAGUUAGAGAGAAUUCAUGAUUUCAUAUAGCAUGUGCAAUGUUGGAGCCCACUGUAAUUAGCAUUAAUACUUAAUUUAAUUUAUAUUAUUCAUAUAAAGCAUGAGAUUUGAGAGGAUCAUGGAAUUUGAAACACUAUGUGAGUGCUGUGGGGUUGCAAGAGCCAUUGUUUAUUGCAAAUCAGAUUCUGCACGUUUGUGCAUGGAUUGUGAUGUGUCCGUACACAGUGCAAAUUGUUUAUCUAUGAGGCACCUUCGUUCUCUCUUAUGUGACAGGUGCAAUUCCGAAGCAGCAAUUGUUCAUUGCAUUGAGGAAAAGUUGUCAUUUUGCCAAGGUUGUUGUGAAUUGAACCAAAAUGGGUGUUCAAUUUUGGGACACAGGCUUCAAUCGUUGAAUUGUUACAAAGGUUGUCCCAAUUUCACUGAUUUGCCUGGCUUAUUCUCCUUUGUUCUCGAUGAUUAUUCCUGUUCAAGUGGUUUGGACCAUAAUGGUGGCGGCAGCGGAUCAAUUGACACAUCAUUGCCUAGAAGUGAAAGCUGCAAUAGCAAGUGUUUGGAGCAGCUUGUUAACACUAUUAACAAUGAUGGCAAUUUCGGUUUUGUUAAUGAAAAGGCAAUGGCAUACUCUGGUGACCAAGCAAUUUUCCUUCCAAACCUUCCGAAGCUGCAGGAAUGUCCGAAUUUGAACAAUCUAGGAAUCCAUGAUGGUGAUGGUCUCAACAUGGAUAAUUUUCAAUUUAACUUUGAAAAUACUGAUGAAAUAUUUGACUAUUCUCAAAUUGACACAACAUACCAACUUGUUAAUGGAGGAAUGGACCGUGAAUUAAUGGGAAAUAACAUAUCAGCAACAGAAUCUAAUGCUCUUUUCGAGAGUACAAUAGAGGCUGGUGGAUCAGCUAGCGAGAUGUAUGGAAUCAACAGCAAUGAGAAUUGUGUGCUUAUGCCUCCUAGCUGCAAUGAAAACAGCAAUCUGGGAUUCUCAAAGGGUAGUCAACUCUAUUCAAGCAUGUCACUUCCACUUCCUAACGGCGAGAGUGAAAUCGGUGCUACAGAUUAUCAAGAUUCUGGUUUGUCAUCGAUGUUCCCGAUGGGUGAUUUGUCUAUGGAACCGAUCUCAAAGGGUACAUGCCAGCAAGCCCGGGAGAAAGCGAAAUUGAGAUUAAAUGAGAAAAAGAAAAAUCUAAGGUUUGGUAAGCAAAUAAGAUAUGAAUCUCGCAAAGCAAGGGCUGAUUCGAGAAAACGUGUGAAAGGUAGAUUUGUGAAAGCAGGCGAAGCAUAUGAUUAUGAUCCUAAGAAGACAAGGAGCCUCUAAACAUGUUAUAUGUGUAGCACUGUCCUUUCCUGCAAAUAUGGCCUGCUAAUAUUAAGGAAGUGUAAGAGGUAACAGACAUGUUGCAUAGAGGAGCAGAAAGUUUGACAGAUUCAAGUUGCCUCAAACUUCAGGCACCCAAAGGGUAAGAACAAAUACAACUCUUUUUCAUCGAUAACAAUUUUAGUACCACUUUUCAAAUUGCAAAAGGAUUUAAUUGAAUCCUUGAGUACCUCUACCAAAUAUCUGUUCUACCUUUGUUAAUUGAAUUAGUGAAAUCAAAGCUUUUAAAUCAAACAAUUUUAAUUGAGUGUUUGAAAUUUUGAAUCCUGCCAGAUCUAGUUCCUAAUGUGCAUACCAUUUGCUACUGCUCCAUGACCAAAAAUAGAAAAAGACCCUUUGUUGCAUAAAACUUAGAGUUGGAGAUAGCCAAUUUUAUUUCCCUCUUCUAUGGUGUGUUUUGAGAGGAGAUAUGCAUGAUGAUCCAUAUUUGAAAUUUAACUCUUCAGGGUCCACCUACCUUUUUUCCCUGUUUUAUAGGGGGCUUUUAUAUGGUAUUUGAAUACCAUCUAGUAAGGAAUAAAAGAGAAACUGGUGUACAAAUUGUAUCUACAUACAUUGAUUUCAAGAUGUACAGAAUAAUGAUAGUGACAGAUAAAAGAGAACGGAACAGAAAGAAGGAGUAUUCUUAAUCCAUUGUUCGUUAGAAUAGUGAAAAUGCCAAGCAUUGAUUCAAAAUUUGAGACAACUAUUGUUGAGUUGGUGGAAAUGUUACUUUCUUAAUUAUCUUGAAGUUCAAAACAUUGCUCCUGUGGCUUGAAGGAAAUUUCAUUUUCUGGCAUUGGUGACUCUGAAUGACCACUCCUGUUCCAUUACUUGGUUGAAGUUUAGGGUUGAGAGAGGCUGUUUCCCACUACCCUUCUUCCUUUUUUUUAUGUAUAGAUGUAUGAAAAUAUUGCUGCAUGGCAAUAGUGCAGGUAAAGCUUUAUCAUCAUCUCUAGAGGAACAACCAUAUGAGAUGAUUUCAAACAAUAUCCACUAUAUAUACAUGAUUUCAUUUUGAUGUAUUGAAAAUGUAAAGAUUUUAUAUUGUCAUUCAGUCAAAUUCAUUCUUUAGAUGAUUAUUUAAGUAGGAGUGUAAACAUUUUUUAUUUCUACUCAUUUUUAGUUUUAACAAGUUUCAUUCAUGUUUUUGACAAUAUUUGUAACCUAGCAGUUACUCUAAGUUACUG